UCUCUUAGUUGCAGAAAUGGCAGAAACAUAAAUCCAGUCUUUAGCAUGCAAAAGAAAGCCCAUCAAUUCAACACCCCAUCUUUUGAUAGACAGCAAAGCACAUUCAUUGAGGCUGAUUUCCCAAUGGCUGAUUGCAACGCCUUUGACUCUGCUUCAACAGACCUCCUCUUCUGCAACGAAGAAACCAAAGCCUUCUCCUUCGAUGAUGAUGAUGAUGAUCGCCAAAAAGAUUUGAUUUUUAACAAUGGGUCAUCAUCGGAUUCAGAUUCACUGCUUCAUCUCCCUUGCCUCAGUGAUGAAUGCAUUCACCACAUGCUACAGAGACAGGGAGACCACCUCCCCAGAGGUGAUUACCUCACCAGAUUCAGAGAUGGGGAAUUGGAUGUUGGAUUGAGGAGAGAGGCUAUUGGUUGGAUGCUCAAGGCUUGCGCCCACUUCAGUUUUGGAGAGUUGUGUUUGUACACUGCUAUCAGCUAUUUCGAUCGGUUUCUAUCCAUCUAUGAAUUGCCUCUGUCUUCAUCAGAAAAGGGAGGUGAGAACUGGGCAGCUCAAUUAGUUGCAGUUGCUUGCUUAUCUCUUGCAGCCAAGAUAGAGGAGGUUAAUGUUCCCUCCACCUUGGAUUUGCAGGCAGAGGUGCCUAAGAUGUUGUUUGAAGGGAAAACCAUUCAAAGAAUGGAGAUUUUGGUGCUAAACCGUUUGAAUUGGAAGAUCAAAGCCUACACUCCAUGCAACUUCAUUGACUACUAUCUUAGGAAGAUGAAUGAGGGUGGAUUGCCAUUAGGCCUCCUGAUUAGCCGCUCCCUUCGCCUAAUCUUGAGCACAAUCGAAGGCAUUGAAUUCUUGGAAUUCAAACCAGCUGAGAUAGCUGCAGCUGUGGCAAUGUGUGUUUCAGGGGAAAUGCAAGCAAUGGACAUUGAUAAGGCAUUGUCUUGUUUGAUAGGAGUUGACAAGGAGAGGGUGGUGAAGUGCUUUAAAAUGGUUCAAGAAUGUAAGUCAUCAAUGAGGGGGAUUACUACUACUAGUGCCACUAGUGUUGCUGCUGCGAUGGUUGCGAUGGCGAAUGUGGCUCCACGGAGCCCGAAUGGGGUGUUGGAUGCAGCAUGCUUGAGCUAUAAAACUCAUGAGCCAACAGUUGGAUCAUGCCCAACUUCCUCACACACUAGUCCAGUCACUAAGAGGAGGAAAUUGGAUAGUGAAGCAACCUUUUUAGGUGGAGAUUCUUCAGAAAUGUGACGCACAUUAUAAAAUCAGUUAUUUGGUGUGUGGAAAUUAAUAAAUGGGAACUAAAAAGAGAGAAGUUGAGAAAUGGAAGAUGGGGAGGAGACAUGCUUUGAGCAUGAAAACAUGGUAACUGUCAUAUAGUAAUAAAAGCAUUGUAAUGUGUAUGAUGAUUGGAGACGAAAAGUGAGGAACAUCAUUUGGGAUGGGAAUUUAGAAGAAUUAAUGCGUAUAGUUAUUCUUAUAAUGUUAUUUUUCAUGGAUAUUAUGUAAUUUUACUUCCCCUUUCUUAUAUAAUAAAAAUAAAAAUUUGAUUUGUA